AUGAUGGACGUAGAGGUGGAGGAAUCCAGCUGGUUCCUUCCCACAGUUCUCAUCGCAGCUGUGAGCUUCAUUGCUCUGUAUUUCACAAGACGCUUCUUCAAAGGAGGUCAGUUCACUGAGCGAGUUUCGGCGAAAGGAUUGGUCGCUGUGGUGACUGGAGCAAAUUGUGGAAUCGGUUAUGAAACAGUUAGAGAGCUCAAUUUGAAGAAAGCUGAUAUUUACAUGUUGUGUCGCAGUGAAGAGAAGGCCAAUGACGCUAAACGAGCUCUCGUUAGACAGGGAUGCGAUGCCACUCGUCUCCAUUUCAUUGAAUGCGAUUUGACUGACUUCGAAUCAGUCCGUCGUGCGGCUAAGGAGACUCUUAAGUUGACAGAUACAAUUGAUAUUCUUGUGAACAACGCGGGGAUCAUGUUCCAAAGUAAGCAUGAGUUAACAAAGGACGGACAUGAGAAGACGUGGCAAAGCAAUUAUCUCGGACCAUUCUUGCUCACUGAGCUCUUGCUCCCGGCAGUCAAAAAGUCUCAGUACGCGAGAAUCGUCAAUGUUUCGUCUUUGAUGCACAUGCGGUCCGGAAAAAUAAAUAUUGCUACUGUCGAUGAUAAGAAGUCGUUUGGAAUGAUGAAGUCGUAUAGCCAGAGCAAGUUGGCCAAUGUAAUGCAUGCCAGAGCGCUGACGAAAGAGUUGAGAAAGGAUGGAGCUGAACACGUAACUGCCAACUCUGUACACCCAGGAGGUGUGGAUACUGAGCUCACUAGAACGACCAUCCUUGCAUGGCCAGUCAUCAAACAAAUUAGUGCUCCAUUCAGAUGGUUCUUCCUGAAAACAAGCCGCGAUGGAGCUCAAACUUCUCUCUACGUGGCGCUUGGUAAGAAACUCGGUGGAAUCAGUGGGAAGUAUUUUGCCGAUUGCAAGCUCACCAAGGAGAAUCCCUUGGCUCUCGAUGACCAAGCCUGCCAGGAUUUGUACAAUUACAGUCUCGAAGCAACUGGACUCGCUAAAUAA